UGCUUACAAACAAUGAACUAUUAGGUGUACCUAUAAAAGGGUUUCUGUUUCUAACCAACUGAGAAUCGACAAGGUACAUAACAUAAAAUCAGUUGCGUAUCAUUGAAUAAACUUAUUUUAGUGGUUCAAACUAGUAAGAGGUUGCAGCCAAUUACAUUAAGGUUUCUUAGGGACUUAAAUGUACUUCCCUGAGUAAAAAGUGAAAUGGAAAUCCUUUUUUUGAACAUUUACAAAACUUAAAAAGUAAAGACAAACCAAUAAUACUUGUAAACUGGUAAGAUCCACAAGAAAAAAAUUCCUAUGUUUUCUCAAACAUUCUAGGUAUUACAGAGUUUGCGUAUAAAGAAAUUUUCUAGAUAUUUUGUUAUAUUGUUAUUAUGUUUAAGACCCACCCAACAAAAUUUUUAACAAAGUGUCUGUUCAUACAUCCUACAGGGCUUGAAAUUUUAUUUACAAUUUCAACAAAUUUGUCAAUUUAUAUUGUAGAUAACCAGGGUUUAAAAUCAUGUCCUUGAAAAAUCAGGAAAUUUUGAAAAUACCAAAACUUGCGAUGAUUGUGCUCGGCAUUUAUCGCAAUAAUUUUACUGAAAGCAUUGCUCUGAGGAGAAUAUAUCUUAUUUAUUCAUUGAUUGUUCACGUCUUCGUCUUCAUUUUUAUGACUUCAAUGACCUUUUGGGUGGCAAUGGUACUAGCUGAAAAAGAUAGAUCCGAGGAACUUACUGAAAAAUUAAUUUCAAAUCUGGCUUAUUUGGCGUCUAUUUACGUGGCAUUAAUUAAAGUUAUUUUCUACGAGACGAAAAGUCUACAGCAAAUGAUUACCACGGUGGAAAAUAAAGAAAAGGAAAUUCAGCAAUCUCAAGAGCAAGAGCAGCUGGAAACUUAUGCAGCACAGGCACGAUUUUGCACGAAAUAUAACCUGUUUGCCCUAGCCACUCACAUAUUUAUAUAUGGGUUUGCGAUGUACGGAAAUAUUGCCACUAGAAUAAAAAUAGGUCGCUGGAAUAAACUAUACAAUAAAACCAUGGAAAAACCUUUGAUAUAUGAAGUGUAUUAUCCCAAAAUGGACCCGAUUAGGCACGAAACAUUCAUAAUGCUCUUUUCUAAUCUUGGCGUCACUAUAAUGAUAUGGCUAAGUUUUUCGACUUGCAUGCUUCUUGGUUUCAUAGUAUUUGUGCCUUCAACGGCAAAAGCAUUGCAGAACGCAUUAAGAAAUAUGUCGCAUCUGAAAGCCGACUUAAGUGCUCUAAAAGUUGCCGCAGUACAACAUCAGCAAUUUGUAAGAUUUGUCACAGACAUGAACGACUCAGUCAAAUAUUUGUUGUUGAUGGAAUACAUUACAGUCUCGUUUAACGUUGCUCUAACAGCAUUCACGGUUCUAAAGGAGAAAUCUUUCCUACUACAACUUGGUAUCUUAUUAUACAGCGGUUCUAUUGUAGCGUACGUACUGAUACUAGGUUGGAGUUGCAGCGAAAUUAAAUUCCAGAGUAUGGAAAUUGCGUCCGCAGUAUAUGAAAGUCCUUGGUAUCAACAUAGUAAGGAAGCUAAAAGUAUAUUGUUUAUCAUAAUGGUAAGAGCUCAAAGGCCGCUGAUUGUCACCAAGGGACCAUUUGGAGAAAUGUCUCUAGAAUCAUCUGUUGCCGUCUUGAAAGCAGCGUAUACCUAUGUCACUAUAAUGUUACAAAAGUACCGGAAAUGAGUACUUAUAGGAAAUUUAUUAUAAUAUUUAACGCCAUAAUAAACUGUAACUAUAACAUUAUUCUUACUAUUAGAAUGGAUAGUGAGAGGGGGUUGUACUAUUGUAAAGCAUUUCGAGAAAACCCAAACAGAAAGGAGGAGGAAUUAACAGGUUCUCCCUAGGAAAGUUAGCCAAGCUUUAAUAUAGAAACGAUACCCAGCACUGAAAACUGAAACCACACACUGAAAGAUAAUUGUAAAAAAUCACUUUUGCAAGAAGAAAAAGUUGGAGAGAGAUGAAGGAAUAUUGGAAGAAUAUUUUGUAUUUUAUUUCUCUCAUGCAUAAAUAAAGA